GCCGGCGCCUGGGACCCGGAGGGGCUCCGUGCCGGGACAGCAUGUGACACUGCCCAGGAUCCAGCCCCGAUGGAGGCUGAGGAGCCCGGACAUGGAGCACCGGCUCCCGUCCCUGCCACAGCAGAACUCAGUGCUGUCCCUGAAGCUCUCAUGAGAAGCAGCCAGACCCCCACCGUGGGCCCCGAUGCUCAGGAAGGCCAGCACCCAGCCCAUAAGUGGGCAGAGGGAUGCAGACCCUUGGAGACCCAGCAGAGAGAUGGGAAUGAGUGUGCAGCGGAGGGUGUGGCCUCUCCCCCCGCAGGAGCCCUGGUGGAUGUGCACCCCAACCAGGAAAACCGUCUGGCCGAGGCCCGGGACAUGCCAGAGGGCCAGGAUGCAGGGCCCCGGAGCCCAGCAGACAGACAGGCCAGGACCCCAGCUCCCCCAGAGCGCCGGGCCUGCCCUGUCCAGGCUGAACAUCUGAACAUGGUCCCAGGACCCAGUGAACUGAGCAGCAGAUCGGAGGUGGAAUUCAGACCGGAGCUCCCCUCUUUGACGCUGGGGACGCGGCAAGCAGAAGAGAAAGAGGAAACUGCUCCAGAUGCCCCUGCUCAGCCCAGAUGUCUGCCUCCCUGCGAAGAGCUCCCGGCAGAGACCGACCCUCUGCAGGGUUCUGGAUGUGGGACCCUUGGGCCGGGGGAAGAGCCGCAGGGAAGUCCAGGGAGAGAAAGACUUGUGUGUCCCCGGGAGGCCGAGGAGCUGCAGGAGCCGGGACAGGAAGAGAGGGCAGCCCCUGGGGAGGCUGCGUGUUCUGAUGGGCUUCUAGGGGAGCAGGAGCAGAUGGGGGAGCGGGUUAAGGGUACCCAGGGAGGACAGAGGCAGGACGAGGUGGAGCUUGCACAGCAAGGAGAACAGUGGGGGCUCAAUGGGGAGUUGGGAGGCGAGAGCGGCGAUGAGUGGGAGCGGGGGACUCAGGGCCAGGAAGGGCUGGAAGUGGGCAGGCAGAGGGGGGAGUCUCGGGGGCCAGAUGAGAGCAGGCGGGGUGCUCAGUGCCAGGAGAAGCCAAGCUCAGCCAGGAGAGCAGGGAAGGCACCUGGGAGGCAGGAGCAUCAGGGUCUGCCCGGGACCCCGAUGCCCGGGGAGCAGGAGGGGGAGGAAGGCUGCGAUGGGCCAGCACCUCGGGGACUGGGAGGAGAGAGGAGCACAGAAGAGGGGGGCGAGCCGGGUGGUCCCCCCACGCUGGCUCUGGCCGUCCCUGAGUUCUCUCCCUGGGACUCGAAUGCCAGGACCAGGGUUUCCGGGGAGCCGUCUCCCGAGGCUCUGACUCCUGCACUGGAGCCCACAGGGUGUCCCCCUCAGCCCAUUUCUGUACCCAGCUCCUUCCCCACGGCGGGGUCACCUGGCCAAGGAACAGCUCAGGGCAGCCAGCUGGAGGGAUGCGCGCCAGGGAUGGGGGCAGCACCCUGCGGGGGCACGGAGGUGACUUCUCCAAGGACACGAGGGUCGGCGCCUUUCACUUCUGCUGAAGGCUCCCCCAGCAUCGCUGCCCCACCGUCGGCCAGCCCCCCAAUUGCCAUCCCCAGGAAGAAGGCUUCUCUUGCUGCACGUUCUCCAGAAACUGCCAGAGCCUCUUUCUCAUCCGACAACCUGUCUCCCCGAGGGGCUUCCGAGACACCCCCGGCGGCCCUCUGCGGCCCCCCCUCGGCCAGCCCUCUGAGCCCCCUGGCCAGCUCCCCAGGGCCCGCCCAGCACCCCUUGAGCAGCUCCUUCCCUGGCUCCCACAGGACGCCGCUGGCUCAGGACCUGGCCGGAUGGUCGCUUUCCUUCUCUCACGCAGAGUUGCCCCAGAGGCCCCCCAAACCUGCUGCCCAUGGCUCUGUGACCCCGAGAAGGGACAGGAAAAGCAGCCGGGACUGCAGCGUCACUCCAGAAUCCCCCAGUUCGUCGGCCACUCCGGGGCAGGACUCUGGCCAGUUCCCCUCAGAUCCACACCGCAGUCCCCACAGCCAGCCCUGGGGAUCCCCACAGAAUUCAGCCUUUGCCCCCGGGUCUCCUGCCUACGGCUCCUCACCGCCCCCCGUCUUCGUGGAUAUGAGGCUGCAUGAACUCGCGCCCCCUGCUCCCCCAGAGAAGAGGCACGCCCACCACUCCGCGGGGGACAGGGCCAGCCAGCGGGGCGCAGGGGCCCCCACCCUGAGGCAGUGCAGCUGCCCUCCUUCACCGGUGCCCUGUGGCUCCCCCAAAGGCUCACUUCCCGAAGCUCCUGACCCCCUUGUGGCAAGGCAGUACCGACCUCUGCCCUCCACCCCCGAUGACCCCCACCCUACUCGGACCUCUUCCUCCCCGAGGCUGAGAUACAACAAGCCACUCCCCCCAACUCCUGACCUGUGCCAGCCCCCCCAGCCUCCCGGGUCUCACAACAGCCCAAGGAUCUACAGGCCUCUACCCCCUGUCCCUGACGCAGCCGCCCCCGCGGAGCCACCCCCGCUGCCCCCCAAGUCCAGGGGGCGGAGCAGGAGCAUUCAGGCAGCGCUGGUGAACUCAGGGGGUCAAGUCCAGCCGAGGCCCGCCGGUCCAGAGUGGACGGCCUCCAGCCCCCACUCCGCUGGACGUACCUCCUGGCCCCCGGCCACCGGCAGAUCCGCAGACGCUUUGGCUCCCUCCAGUAGGAGUAAGAGUGAAGCGUCCCCCAGCACGGCUUUUAGCAACCCCACGACUCUUCUAAGUCCUCCUUCCCCAACCAGCCCCUGGACUCUGGGGCUCCAGGCUCCCGCCUUCGAACCCGGGCUCUCCGGAGAGUCCGAGGCCCCUGCCAGGGGAGCGUUGAGAAGAGCAGCCCCCCAGGAAGGAGCCAACGGCCUGAGGAGGUUGGAUCUCGGUUCCGCCAGGCAGCCUGAAAAACCCAGCCAUCCCCACUUGGAGAAGGCGUCCAGCUGGCCCCACAGGCGGGACCCGGGGCGGCCGCCGCAGGGCAGUGGUACCCCGCCCGCCGCCUCCGUGGAGGGCUCCAGCAAGCACAAGGGCUGGCACCGGCAGGGCCUGCGCAGACCGUCCAUCCUGCCCGAGGGCUCGGCAGAUACCAGAGGUCCAGCUGUGGAGAAGCCCCCGGGCCCAUCAGACACCAUUGUUUUCCGGGAGAAAAAGCCGAAGGAGAUGAUGGGGGGCUUUUCGCGACGCUGCUCAAAGCUCAUCAACUCCUCCCAGCUGCUUUACCAGGAGUACAGCGAUGUGGUUCUGAACAAGGAGAUUCAGAGCCAGCAGCGGCGGGACGGCCCGGCAGAGGCCCCCGAGCCCGCCUCCCCCCGGCAGCCCCGGAAGGCCCUGGUGUCCUCAGAGUCCUACCUGCAGCGCCUCUCCAUGGCCUCCAGAAGCUCCCUCUGGCAGGAGAUCCCCGUGGUGCGGAACAGCGCCGUGCUGCUGUCCAUGACCCACGAGGACCAGAAACUGCAAGAGGCCAAGUUCGAGCUGAUCGUGUCCGAGGCGUCGUACCUGCGCAGCCUGAACGUGGCGGUGGACCACUUCCAGCACUCGGCCCAGCUGCGCGCGGUGCUGACCAACCAGGACCAGCAGUGGCUCUUCUCGCGUCUGCAGGACGUGCGUGACGUCAGCACCACGUUCCUCUCAGACCUGGAGGAGAACUUCGAGAACAACAUCUUCACCUUCCACGUGUGUGACGUCGUCCUGAACCACGCCUCCCACUUCCGCCGCGUCUACCUGCCUUACGUCACCAACCAGAGCUACCAGGAGCGCACCUUCCAAAACCUGCUGAACACGAACAGCAGUUUCCGCGAGGUCCUGGAGAAGCUGGAGAGCGACCCCGUGUGCCAGCGCCUGUCCCUCAAGUCCUUUCUGAUCCUGCCUUUCCAGCGCAUCACGCGGCUCAAGCUGCUCCUCCAGAACAUUCUGAAGAGGACACAGCCUGGCUCCUCGGAGGAGGCGGAGGCCACGAAGGCGCACCACGCCCUGGAGAAGCUGAUCCGCGACUGCAACAGCAACGUCCAGAGGAUGCGGCGGACGGAGGAGCUCAUCUACCUGAGCCAGAAGAUCGAGUUCGAGUGCAAAAUAUUCCCACUCAUUUCGCAGUCACGCUGGCUGGUGAAGAGCGGAGAGCUGGUGGCGCUGGAGUUCAGUGUCUCCCCGGGGCUGCGCAGGAAGCUGAACACGCGUCCCGUCCACCUGCAUCUCUUCAAUGACUGCCUGUUGCUGUCUCGGCCCCGAGAGGGCCGGUUCCUGGUGUUUGACCAUGCUCCCUUCUCCGCCAUCCGGGGGGAGAAGUGUGAGAUGAAGCUGCACGGAUCUCACAAAAACCUCUUCCGCCUCUUCCUGCUGCACAACACCCAGGGCACCCAGGCCGAGUUCCUGUUCAGCACGGAGACUCAGAGUGAGAAGCUGCGGUGGAUCUCGGCCUUGGCCAUGCCCAGGGAGGAGCUGGACCUCCUGGAGUGCUGUGAUGCCCCCCAGGUGCAGUGCCUUCGAGCCUACAAACCCCGGGAGAAUGACGAGCUGGCUCUGGAGAAGGCCGACGUGGUCAUGGUGACUCAGCAGAGCAGCGACGGCUGGCUGGAGGGCAUGAGACUCUCAGAUGGGGAGCGAGGCUGGUUUCCUGUGCAGCAGGUGGAGUUCAUUUCCAACCCAGAGAUCCGCUCACAGAACCUGAAGGAAGCCCAGCGAGUCAAGAUGGCCAAACUGCAGCUGGUGGAACAGCAGCCCUAGCUGUUCUCUGGAAGGACUCUCCGGAGCUGAAGGGCAAGAGGUUCUUGGAGAGGGUUGGCCCCACAACCCUGAAACAGAGGCCUUCUCUGGACCAAGAACUAGACCCGCCAAGGGCCCAGGGACAGAAUCCAGCCACUAGUCGCUAGUCCCAGGCUUCCUUUUUUGUGCUCUGUGCUUGGUCGGGGAUUUUGAGGGACUUUGCACUGGAUUCUGGGAAACUUUUCUUACAGGAAAGGAGACCACUGUGGCCCAAACCAAGGAACUCUGCAUAUUCUACUGUGUGGUUCUUAAACGUGCUCUGCUUCCGGAGGGCAGAUUCUGAGCUGACCAUUGUGGCGUAUGUUCAACAGAAUCUGACCUCGGUCCACUGGAGGAGACGUUUAAAGGGGGUUAGCCUGUCAGAUGGGAGGGUCAACUGAUGACCUCUAAGGUAUCUUCCAACCCUAACAAUUUUGCGUACUUGUUGGCAUGAGGUUUGUGCAUGCAUCUCUGGGAUUUGUCUGUCUAUGGCAAUGUGAGGGUGAUACUCCCUCACUCUAAUA